GUGGAUGACUCGGAUGUGGACGCUGAGAUGCUGCCGCACCACAAGGCGGCGGCCAACCGACAAUUCUCCGGCAUCGAGAUCAUCGAUCAGCCACGCGAGCCAAGCAAGCAGAGGCUGCAGCAGGCACACCUAGACCAAAGUGCAGCAAAUCACGCUGGCGUAGAAGAGCAGGGACAACGACAGCGAGCACCAAGAGAAAAACAGAAAACAGGCGCAAAUGGAGCAGCGAUACGUGGCCGAGCGAAUCCUGCAACGACUGGCGGGAUUAUGAAAAAAACCAAGCGCAACGAGACGACCAAGAAUCUGGAGCGUGAAAAGCUCUUGCCUGGGGCGGGAGGAGAGCAUCGUGCUCAAGGCCAGCUUGACGUAGCCACUGAAGACUUCGAGCCGAAGGCAGCACCCAGACGUCGGUCUUGUUCGGAUCCAACUGUGCCACAUCCAAAGCAGCAUCGCCGCACGGUGCAAAUCAUGGAGCGGGUCUCGGAGCGCGACGCUGAGCAGUCGCCCUUCCAGGACGAAGGUGGUGUACACCAAGAAGAAAGAGCCGAGGAAGAGAAUGCUGCAGCACGUGCAACCGGCACUGGCUUCCCAGACGCAGCGAAAAAAGCGCCGAAACUGAGUGUGGUAAUCGAAGCUGCACAGCGGGGAAGGAAUCGGACAACGACCGGUGACCAAGGCCGCUCGACAAAGCAAGGUGGGAACACGCUUCGUGGAUCUUUAACUGGGCGCGAGACGGUACAGCAUGGCGUGAGGCCUAGCACCUCCGAUUCAAACGACGACGAACACAACGCGGCAGCUCCGCGAGCGACAGAUUUACCUCGGGUUCGACGGACAACCGCGGUUGGUGUGGACGGGAGACCGUCUAUGCGCCGCAUGCGCCGUAGCCGCAGCACACAAGUGUUGAUCUACAAUCGAAAGUCCAUUUGUAUCAACUCCGAAAUUGUCAUUCCCUCGUUCGAGAACAGCGGUCAGAUUUUUGGUGACUACGAGUUCGACCGAUCCCGGGCGUCGAAGCUCGGUGCGGGGGCUUUCGGCAAAGUUUGCAUAGUGCGCAGCAAGCGUUCGGGUUUCAAACGGGCAUGCAAGAAGGUUGAGAUGGCCUCACGACAGGACCAUGAGUUGAUCUCUCUUGAAAUCGAAGCCAUGAAAUCGCUGGACCAUCCUAACGUGUGCCGGCUCUAUCGCUGCUAUUACGAAGGCGGCGCGGGCGCAGGAAACCCCGCUUCCGGGGGCGGGAAGCUCAAUGGCGGCGGCGGAGUUGCUGCGCCACGUCCUAGCGUAGCGGCGGCUAGUGGGCAGCCGGCGUGUGGAUCGUCUGUUUCUUUGGUAAUGGAGCUGUGCACCGAAGGCACCCUUCAGGAUGCGAUUAAUAAGGCCUUGGACGACUCCUCUCGUAGACGAAAGAAGCUCAUGCUGGCUGGGGGAGAGCAGCACGCAGGUGGCCGCGGUGGGGCGCUGGCGAUGGGUCAUCAUCUGACCACGCCACGAGGAGCACCUGACGCGAAAGGGC